AUGUCACCUCAGCAGGACAGCAGACUGGAGAGCAAGUCCAUUGCUCAACCUUUGGCCCCAUUUACAUACGAAAACCAGGUGUACCAAGCCGGUCUCUCGGGCCAGAAGCCCCCGAUAACCUUCAACUGCGGCGAUUGGGAAGCCCUGGCCAAAGAUCGUCUCUCGGCAGAUUCCUUCGGAUAUGUUUGGGGUUCCGCCGGAACUCGUGAGACAGACGACAACAACAAGAAAGCUUUUAAGAAAUGGGGAAUCGUGCCGUCACGCCUAGUCAAGAGCGGCUUCCCAGACCUUAAAACAACACUUUUCGGAGAGACUUUUGACUAUCCGAUCGCCAUGGCACCGGUGGGCGUGCAGCGAAUUUUCCACCCGGACGGAGAGAUUGCGUCGGCGAAGGCUGCCGAGCAGGAAAAUGUCACCUACAUCCUCAGCACCGCAUCCGCUACAAGCAUCGAGGACGUUGCCAAGGCUAAUGGAAACGGAUCUCGUUGGUAUCAACUCUAUUGGCCUCUGAGUGAGAACAACGAUAUCACCGUGAGCCUGUUGUCACGGGCGAAGGCGUCGGGUUAUAAGGUGUUGGUAGUCACCUUGGAUACGUACAUUCUUGGAUGGCGCCCCAGCGAUCUGAACAAUGCAUACAACCCUUUCAUUCGUGCAGACGACAUUGGUGUGGCACUCGGAUUCUCGGACCCUGUAUACCGCCGCAAGUUCCAAGAGAAGCACGGAAAACCCAUUGAAGAGGACGUCCAAACAGCAGCCGCAGAAUGGGCACACACCGUAUUCCCUGGUCUAAGUCACGGCUGGGAAGAUCUCAAAUUCCUCCAGGAACACUGGGACGGUCCAAUUGUUCUGAAGGGAAUCCAGACGGUGGCGGACGCGAAGAAGGCUGUCGAGUAUGGCAUGCAGGGAAUUGUUGUCUCGAACCACGGCGGACGCCAACAGGAUGGAGGUAUUGCGUCUUUAGAUGUUUUGCCAGAGAUUGUCGACGCCGUCGGCAAUGAUUUGGAAAUAAUCUAUGACUCAGGUGUUCGGUCUGGUGCCGAUAUCAUAAAGGCAUUGGCGCUUGGUGCAAAGAUGGUCUUAAUUGGUCGUCCAUACAUUUAUGGGUUGGCCAUUCAGGGUGAGCAGGGAGUACGCCAUGUGCUAAAGAGUCUCCUAGGAGAUUUCAAUUUGACCCUCCACCUGUCGGGGAUCAGUUCCGUGUCUCCCAAGCAUCUGAACCGAUCGGUACUGCGUCGGACGGGCAACUGA